UGUGUCCUCUGCGGGAUGGGCGGUCACUGCUUCUUAUCUCCCUAUAAAGGAGGUGAGGACCUGUUGCGCUCCAAUUCAGAAAGCGAACUCCCAAGGAUCGCAUUCAUCACUGCGCCGAUGGAUUUUAAAGAGUUUGGAGAUGAGUCCUCCGAGGGAGACACGGAGGAUCUGGACAACGUGAAAGCACUUACAGAGAAGCUGAAGUUAGAGACUCGCAGACCGUCCUAUCUGGAGUGGCAGGAGCGUGUGCAGAGCCGACCGUGGACUGGAGCUUAUUCAGCAGACGGUCCGGACCCUGAAGAACAAGUCGUUUCCAUGUCUGCAACUCAGAGAAAUGAGAGCUCAGAAGUGGUCGUGCGUAACAUCUGUGGCUUUGAUACUAUUGAUGAUGCUUUGGAGUUUCUCAGAAAAGAGCUGAGAGAGAUGCAGGUUCAGGACAACCGUCUGGCCCGUCAGCUGAUCCGUCUGCGUGCGGAGAUCCACCGGUUGAAGGUGGAGCAGGUGUGCGACCGUCACAAAGAGAUGCUGGACGAUGCAACGUACGAGUUGGAAGAGUGCGGUGAGGAGUCGGACCUGCUGUGUGACAUCCCUAUGAAGGCUGCCUUCGCUCUGUCCACCCCACUCAAACACCUGGGCCUCACCAAGAUGAACAUCAACUCCAGACGUUUCUCACUGUGUUAAAACCUCCACCUUUAUUCAUGUCAGGAGGAUGUUUUCAUUGCCUUCCCUGUGUUCGUGCCAAUAGGGUUAUUUCCUCUUCUGGAUGUGUUUUGGUGAUAACUUGAAGAGUGAUUGCCAGUUAAUGGGGCGAUAGACAGAAAUGAAAAUGAUUCCUUUGAUGAGCACCUUGGCUUGACAUGCAUGGGGAAGCCUCAGUGUGUAAUUUGUACGGGCACACACCCUUAACACUGACAUACCUUCCUGGUAGAUGAAGCAUGGGCCGCUCCACUGUUGAUUGUUCUAAAGAUAGCACAGUGCUCAUCAGAGCAGGUAAAUGAAGCCUAAAAGCUAGACUGAAAUGUGAAGGUAGGUAUGGAAAGGGUAUGAUGUUCAGUAACUUUUACCCAGUGCUAAAAAUGACAAAGACUACGUUUCACACAAAGGAGUACAAAACACUUACAGAGUAGUGCAGAUUUACUCAAAGAUUGUGAUAGAAAUAAGAAGGAGGUCACUUCAUGAUAGAAGGCCGUGUCUUGGGGAGUUUUUCAGACGGGUAGACAGGUCAAAUUACUUAUAUUGGCGGUUCCCAUACUAGGGGUCAGGACCCAUACAAGAGACCGCAAGAAAUAUCUGAAAGGUCUUGAGGCAUUCAGCAGGAUAGGAAUCGGGAAAAAUCUAGUCUUUUACAAGCAAAUUACUCAGUAACUUCAGCUCUGCAGCCCACCCCCUGGUUGAGCUGAGCAUCGAGUGAUGAAGGCUGAAGUGAUGUUGAUGAAUGAAGUACAUGUUGCUUCAUUUUAAGAGGGC